GUCGUUUUCAAUAGUUUCCCGCCCAUCCUAUGAUUUUCUCAUUUCAAAUUCCUGUCGUCCAAUCGUCCGUCGGAUUAAAACCACGUGGGCUCUUCGUUGCACCAAUCAGUGUGUCCGUGGCACUCCGACUCCACUAUAAAACCUGCCUCUCGCCACUCGACAGCAGUUUUAAGUCUUCGUCGUCUUGUACCAGCGAAAUGGCAAGAACAAAGCAGACGGCCCGCAAGUCCACCGGAGGGAAGGCUCCCAGGAAGCAGCUGGCCACCAAGGCGGCUCGGAAGAGCGCCCCGGCCACCGGCGGAGUCAAGAAGCCUCAUCGUUACAGGCCCGGCACGGUCGCUCUCAGGGAGAUCCGCCGCUACCAGAAGUCCACCGAGUUGCUCAUCCGCAAGUUGCCCUUCCAGCGUCUGGUCAGGGAAAUCGCGCAGGACUUCAAGACCGAUUUGCGCUUCCAGAGCUCCGCCGUGAUGGCUCUUCAGGAGUCCAGCGAGGCUUACUUGGUCGGUCUGUUUGAGGACACCAACCUGUGCGCCAUCCAUGCUAAGCGAGUCACCAUCAUGCCCAAAGACAUCCAGCUUGCCCGCCGCAUUCGUGGCGAAAGGGCGUAAGUUACCCAAGUUUAGCCCCGUCCAAACCAACGGCUCUUUUAAGAGCCACCGACCCAAUCUAAAGAGUGAUUUCCCUGAGGACGAGCUCACUUAAAUGAUGCAUUUUUAAAAUGUUAUCCUAAUACUAAACGUGCUACGGAUAAAAUUCUCAACUAUCAAUUCCUCCAGCUGUUUAUUAUGAAUCGGCACGAAAAUGUAAAAGCUCAAAUUUACAUUUUUACGGUUUACUGAGCACAUUUGCAGGAUUUAAUCUAAUCU